GAUUCCCAUUUGAUAUAAGUAGGUUGUCACGUUUUCACUACAUCAUACUCAAAACAUAUUUACAAACAGUUCCACGUCGAUUUAGCAGGAAAUAUAUCUGGUCUAGGAUGUCUGACGGUGCCGCCAUCUGCCUAUUGGAGGAAUGUUACAAGGAAACAUGCUGCGAUACUACCGGCUGUGAAUGUGAUGGAACAUGCCAAUGUCCAACGUGUGGAGUUAGAUGCUAUUGUUCUGGACCAUGUACUUGCGGUAUAGGAUGCACAGGAUUUUCCGAUUGCAAGUGUGCUGUUGGCGCCUGUGGCUGCAGACCGACAAACUCCGCUAAACCUUAGCCAGAGGACCAUUGUCAUCAUUCAGUGUUAAUUUGUUGUCAUACAGUCGUUUUGUGGACAGUGUUCUUGUUCUACUCAACAUUUUACUUCAUCUUAAGAACAUUUAAUGUCUUGUUAGAAAAAUCAAAUGAUCAAACUAGUAUUUCCGAAUCUCCGGAAUUCGUUGUUGUUGUAAAUAUUUAAUUUGUUAUCAUGUAAUAAACAUAUUAUAAUGCUUUGUAA